CAGGUCAUUUCGCCACUCUUCCAUCACUCAAAAUCCCAAUGCUCAACCUCACAUCCCCAGUCUCCGGCCCUAGCGCCUUUGGCGUUCUCCCAGCCCUCGCGCUCAAUGUCAUGCUCCAGCCUUGCGGUAGCGUCUGCGGCUUCCACCCACGCCUCCGAACAUACAUGCGUAGCUCUCCCUUCAUCUGCUUCGCCGACAGCCUCGCCAUCACCCUCCGCUUCUGCGUGUACCUUUUCUACGACAUGUCGCCACGGCAGGCCGCACGCGCUAUCCUAGCUCUUAAGUUUCGGCGUCUGGAUGAUGCCGAGCUGGAUGGGUUGCAGGCGCUGGAGAAGCAGGCCUGGAUAAGGCUUCUGGGUUUCGUGGCUGGCCUCUUGCCGCAAAGUGUUAAGAUUUUUGCGUGUGGUGGAGUUAGGUGGACGCAGGCUGUUGUUGGCGUCUACCUCGCAUCCUUUUCCCUUGUCGAAGUUCUUAAAUUGCUCGCCGGCGACUCGGAUUCAACGGACGACAUGGCUUCCACAGCGCAAGUUACGACGGACGAGACUCGAAAGAAAUUGACCAAGGCUGACUGGCUGCUCGCCAUUAUCGCUGUUCUCGCGCAGUCUGCCCUCAUUGCCUGGACUUCUCAUCAAGUUUUCUACUCGACCUUUUCCCAACAACCGGAGUCCUACAACUUCAGCCCAGGACUGGCUGUACUUAUGGCGUGUAUCCUAUUCAUUCCGCCGUUUCUUGUUAUUGCAGCAAUAGGUGGAUGUUUAGGUGGUAUUGACGCCUUAUCUGGAUAUUAUUCCUGGUUCAUGCUUCUCUGGUACUUUGGACUCUCAGCCAUAAAUAUGGCGGAUAUUAUGAUGGGCCACAAAAAUGGCGAAAAGUAUAUUAAAAUGAUCUUUAAGGCGGUCCCAGUUACAAACGAGAUCUUGUUCCUGGGUGCCAUGGUUGUGGCGAUUUAUCUGGUGGCUUCUAGUUUGGUAUUUUUCAAUUUCGGGAGGACGAAGGUAUUGUUUCUUGAAGAAAGUGCCCAAUCUAGUACUGAUGUAGAACGGCGAUCGGCAUUGCGUGUUUUUGUCCUCGCAGUUAUCACCACUAGUAUCACGAUGGCUUGGUACUUUACACGCUAUGAUGGGACUGGGACAACGAAGCCAUAUUGGACGAAUUGGCUUGGAUAAUUGAUGCAUUGUGCUGCACCAAGCGCGUAUAUUACCACUAUAUUUCAAUCGACCCUGGUGGUCCGUGAAGGAAUGCAUGUGGCCAUCUUAAAGUUCAAGCGCGUCGCUAUAUCGAAACAGCUGUCUCGGAACUCCGAGUUCCGAAUGGUAGU